CAGCCUUUCACUCACUCCACUAAGGUCGGCAUAUUCAAAGUAAGGGAUGUAUUAUCGCUUUUCGAAUUAUUCCAAAGUCAUCUUUUGAUCAUUCUAGCAGUGGCUUUCGAAUGAUUUGAAAGCCCGGAUGGAGCCAAUUCUCAUUUAGAAUUUCCGCCCACUCAUCAUCACGGUGGUCCAUUUUGCCCUCAUAAAGAGUCCAAGCCGCACACUGUGGCACUUGCUAUUUUCCAUACCAAGUUUGCAAGAUAAAUUGCGGACAAAAGUGGGCACGUGUUAGCGUGUCCUGGGAAACCAGCCCCUCAAACGCGGUCGCGGAAAUUCGACUUUAAUUACGCGACACCACCCACCCAAAAAAGUUCACCGCAGUCCACCCACCCUUCCCUCCAACAACGAAUCCGCUAGCCCUGCGGUCAACAUUCCUUUUGAGCUGCUUGCAAUAACUUUCGCAAUUGUCUCUCUUUACGAAAAAAGAUCAGUUAAAUCCGAUCUGUAGACGUGGUGCAUUUAUCUGAUUUGAUCUGACUUCAUCUUUUUUGAAGAUCGACACUCGAAAUUGAGAAAAAAGACGAAUAUCGCACAAAAGAUGCCACCCCCAAUCCAGCCAGCAUCGCCAUUGGCUAGGCGCCCAAAAUUAAAGCAAACAACAUUAUCAUCGCUCAUCGACCUCGAUUCUGAAAACAGCAGCGACGAUGAACUUGUAGAUCCUCGCAAAAUGCUCCCUCGGCACUCCACCCAAGCCACACAAAUUGUCGAACCUCGAACUAGUCUCCGACGGGCUCCCGUCUCGUCCCCAGCUCCCUCGAUCUCUUCGCCCGCCAGAUCAGUCUCCUCUACUAUCGAAAUACCGGCUUCCUCACCUUUUCGUCAACAAAGCAAGAUAGGCAGUGGACGGCUGGCUUCCGCCAUGGCUCCCAGGGGCACAGCUUAUUGCGCCCCGAAUCAAACAAAAACUGUUCUCGGUAAACGACCGUCCCCGAUCGAAAACCAUUUUUCGUCAGAUGCUUCUCAGCCCAAGCGCAUCACGAUUGAUAUUAGCGAUAGUUCCAGCGACGAACGUGCAGAUUUGAAACCAACUUCUUUUAGCAAAAAGUCGCUUCAGACUUCGUCAAAUACAAGUCCCAAGGACCAGGAUACCGCCAGCCCAGACGAGAUUGUGAGGGGUGGAGUAUUGGAAAAGCGGCUGUCGAAUCUAAUUUAUUUUGACGGUUCAAGGGCCCCGGCGCUGAGCAAGCUGGUCCCAGGUCGGACUCUCAAGGAGUACCAGACUGCGCUUCUCAAGUGCAACGAGAACAAGGCUGAUGCCGCAAACUGGCUCAUGGACAACCCCACUCCAAAGAAACAGCGCCAAAAGGACGUGCAAGGAUUUAUUAGAUCUUUCGCAUACGGCCCGUCACCCGAAGCGCCGUCUCCUCCCGGCUCUGGCGACUCCGAUUCUGAUUGUAUUGUUGAGGUUACACCCAAGCCGAAACCUGCGCAGCCACGGCGACGACUUCAGCAGGGCCGAAGGCCGCAGGCUUCUCCGGUUUCGUCGCCGGUCAAGGCCCGGUCGGAGGAAGAGGAGGAGCCAAUCGCUAUUACAGACGACGAUGACACCGACGAAGAGGGCUAUUCUAGCUCUGAAAAUCAUAUCGAUCCCGUGGACAAAGCCGCCCGCGCCUUGAAGUACUUGAACGAAUGUGAGCUCAACGGUCUCCUGGCUAUUUGCGGCAGCUCAAAGGCCAAAAAGGACGCCGCGAGGGCCAUGAUUGAGAACCGUCCUUUCCGAAGCUUGGCCGCCGCGAAAAAGGUUAGCGUGACGGCUCAAACAAAAGGGCGCAAAUCCAAGGCAGAAUUGCAAGAGGUUGGCGAGGAUAUCGUUUAUGACGUCUCCAAGUUCAUCAAAAGCCUUGAUGCGAUUGAUGAGGUGGUUGCCACGUGCGAGGAAGAGGGCGUACGAAUGAAGUCUAUCACCGAUCACUGGUGCAUGGAUUCAAGAGGCAGCAGUCGUACUGGGAAGCAGCCUUUGCCUAUUCCUCGCGAGCCCAAGCUCCUCCAGGGCCGCUGCACCAUGAAGUCGUACCAGAUUUACGGCCUCAAUUGGCUGAAUCAACUGUACCAACACAAAUUUGGUUGUAUAUUGGCAGACGACAUGGGUCUUGGCAAAACAUGUCAGAUUAUAUCAUUUAUUGCUCACAUCGUCGAAUCUUACAACCCAAAGGUUGACGAGGUUCGACCCUGGCCCAACUUGAUCGUGGUACCACCAUCGACCCUCGACAACUGGCAGGUCGAGUUCGAGAAGUUUGCGCCCGGAGUGAAGGUGACCAUGUAUCACGGAAAAGAUCGUGAAUGGCUUGCCGACGAGAUCAAAUCGGACCCUGCUGAGCACCAUGUGGUCCUAACCACUUAUACCCAGCUUGGCCGCACUGGAGAAAGGGAUCAUACCAAGAUCAUAUCCAAGAUUCGACCUAAUGUCGCCAUCUUCGACGAAGGUCACAACCUGAAAAACUCGAAAACAAAGCUGUACAAGGACCUCUGCAGAAUCACGGCGAACUGGAGGGUGAUGCUCACCGGAACCCCUGUGCAGAACAACUUGAUGGAGAUGAUCAACCUUUUGAACUUCAUUCAGCCAGAGCUCUUUGACGGUCGCGUGGAAACCCUCAAGGAUCUUUUUGACCAGAAGGUAACCCUGCAAGAAGUCAGCAAUGGAGCUAUGCUUUUUAGCGAUCGUGUCCGCCGAGCAAGAAGCAUCCUGGAACCAUUCAUCCUGCAACGCCAGAAGGAGCACGUCCUGGGUGGUUUCCCUCCCAAGACCAGCAGGGUGCUGUACUGCGAUAUGGAUGCUGCGCAGCUUAAGAUAUACAACGAGUACCGCGAUCGAUUCCGGACCGGCAAAGAUGGAUCACGAGCAGCGGGAGGUGCUGCAAUUGCCUCGCGGACCUCCAACGAUCAAAAUAACGUGUGGAUCCAGUUGCGAAAAGCAGCUAUUCAUUCACAAUUAUUCAGAAGGCAUUUUACCGACAAGAAGGUCGCCGAGAUGGGUGACAUGCUUAUGCGCAAAGUACCACAGUCUAGACUCAAACAAGACAACAAGCAGCAUUUGAUUGCUGAGCUGAUGGACUUGUCAGACUUUGAGCUCCACGUCUGGUGUGUUGAUGAGCCAUGUAUCAAAAAAUUUGAUGUGGAAAAAGACUCGUGGAUGGAGAGCGGCAAGGUCCAAAAGCUCCUGGAGCUUCUCCGUCAAUUCCGCAAAAACGGUGACAGGGCGCUCAUCUUUACGCGGUUCGCAAAGGUGAUCGAGAUCCUUACCGAAUGCCUAUCGACAGCCGAAGUACCACACCUUACCUUUCAGGGAUCGACGGCGGUGGAUAUGCGGCAGGAUCUGAUUGACGAGUUCAAUGAAAACAAGGAUUUGACAGCUUUCCUUCUCACGACGGGCGCGGGAGGUACGGGCAUCAACCUAGCUUCUGCCAACAAGGUUAUCAUCUUCGACCAAAGUGACAACCCCCAGGACGACGUGCAGGCCGAAAACCGGGCACACCGCUUUGGACAAACACGACCGGUUGAGGUGAUCCGGCUCAUCAGCCGUGAUUCAAUCGAAGAGCUCGUCUACAAGGCCUGUCAGAAGAAGCUCGAGCUUGCCAAUCGUGUCACGGGCACGGAGCUCCCUGUUGCUUCGGAAGUUGAUGUCGAGGCGGAGGUGCGGCAGAUGAUGUUGUCUGAGGAGAGCAAAGCAGACAACAGUGAUGAAUGAUGAUGAUAUUGGCGGCGCUGGACAGAGGGAUUCUCUGGUUUUCUCUUCCUGGUGCCCUUGCGAUGACUUUUAUUUUAUUGCGCAGCAUUUGAAACUGGGUUUCUUUAACAUGUUGGAGACCUGCUGACCUUGGUGUCAGCCUGGCGAAAUCUCUACGAGGUGAAGACAGAUGACUUGAUGGAAUAAAGCAAAUUGGAUUUUGUAUGUUGGGAGGCAUUGAAGGGCAUUCAUUGUUGGUGUCUUUGGCCGGCCUUUGGAGAAAUAGAAAGAAGGAGGUUUUAAUAGAGUAGAAACUCGGAAUUCAUUGCAUCACUUCACUUUUUCGUGGGUAUCUUUGCUCUUGAAUAGAUCUGACUUGCUACACCGAGC